GACAGCACGCAUUCCAUUGAUUCCCACCACCCUUUGUUGCAUCUUUUCUUUACUAUCCCGCUCGCCUGUAUCGCAUUUCACAGCCAUCCGCAUGUCACUCUACUGAUAUCAUUGCCUGCCUCUCCCGUGUGUCCCCUGAGAUGCGAUUUGUCUACUGUCGCGUGCCAGCAACCCCGCGCCUCAUCCACCGUAUUCCAAUCGCCGCAGCCAGCGACUGACUGACCUGGGAUCGACGAGGCCCAGGCCGCCGCAACCAGACAAGCCCUCCACUGCCCUGACCCUCACGGGCCCACACUCCCAGGUUGCCAGGCCCAGCGCCUCAGUUGAACCCCGCCCUCACUUUCCGCUCACGUCGAGGCUGCGCCUUUUCGCAAGAUCCCGUGCUAGGUUUGGCAAGCAACACAACCUGCCACAACUCCUCAGCAAGGGCCACCCGCUGGCGCCCCCAACGUUAGCCAUCCUCUCUGCUCUCAGCCAAUCCAGCCCCGAGACCUCCCGUUCCAACGUCAUUGUCUCCCAACUCUCACGGGAAAAUUUUGCCUCGGGUGUCGAGCCAGACUGUGAACACAUCCCACCCCCCUUCCAGACCACACCUCCAACCCUCCCUCCCGCCCCGGUCGCCCAACGAGCCAUCGCAAACAGAUCGCCAGAAUGGGACAAACGCUCUCAGAGCCCGUCGUUGAGAAGGCAUCGGCCCACGGCGAGGAUGAACGAUUCAUCUAUGGCGUCUCUGCCAUGCAAGGAUGGCGUAUCAGCAUGGAGGACGCUCACACAACCGUGCUUGACCUCCUCGCCUCCACUCCCGAGGCCUCGAAGCAACACAAGGGCAAGCUGAGCUUCUUCGGCGUGUUCGACGGUCAUGGCGGCGACAAGGUGGCCCUAUUCGCUGGAGACAACAUCCACAAGAUCGUCCAGAACCAGGACACCUUCAAGACUGGCAACUACGAGCAGGCGCUGAAAGACGGCUUCCUUGCCACCGACCGCGCUAUCCUCAACGACCCCAAAUACGAAGAGGAGGUCUCGGGCUGCACAGCCUGCGUUGGCCUUAUAACCGACGACAAGAUCUACAUCGCCAAUGCCGGGGACUCGAGGAGCGUGCUUGGUGUCAAAGGCCGCGCCAAGCCCCUGUCGUUCGAUCACAAGCCGCAGAACGAGGGUGAAAAGGCGCGCAUUACCGCCGCUGGUGGCUUCGUCGACUUCGGUCGUGUCAACGGCAACCUCGCACUCUCGCGCGCCAUCGGUGACUUCGAGUUCAAGAAGAGUGCAGAGCUGGCGCCGGAGCAGCAGAUAGUAACUGCCUAUCCCGAUGUUGUUGUCCACGACAUGGGCGACGACGACGAGUUCCUCGUCAUUGCUUGCGACGGUAUCUGGGACUGUCAAUCCUCGCAGGCGGUUGUUGAGUUUGUUCGGCGGGGGAUCGCAGCCAAGCAGGACCUGGAGAAGAUCUGCGAAAACAUGAUGGACAACUGCCUGGCUUCCAACUCGGAGACUGGGGGUGUUGGUUGUGACAACAUGACCAUGGUAAUCAUCGGUUUCCUGCGCGGACGCUCCAAGGAAGAGUGGUACGAGGAGAUUGCGAGGAGGGUUGCGAAUGGCGACGGCCCCUGUGCUCCCCCAGAAUAUGCUGAAUUCCGAGGACCUGGCGUUCAUCACAACUUUGAUGAUAGUGACAGUGGGUACGAUGUCGACAUGGACCACUCCAAGGGCAAGAGCUUUGGGCUGGGAGGCUACCGGGGGAACGUCAUCCUCCUCGGCGAUGGGACCGAGGUGCUUACCGACACGGAUGACACGGAGAUGUUCGACCAGGAGGAUAAGGAUCUCGACAGCCAAGUCGCCAAGUCUCCCCCUACCACGGAGAAGGAGGGUUCUGCAGACAGCGCCGACGACAAGACGUCGACGGCCAAGCCAGACGCUGGCGUUAGUUCCGAGGCAAAGCCGGCCGAGGUAAAGCAGAUGAAGGAGGAGGAGCGGAGAGAGCCCGAGGCCCAGGCCGAGUCAAAGUCCACCAAGGCCGCAGCGUGAUUACAGCUGUUAAUUGUCGGAAGGCCUUCUCGCUUGCGACUCCUAUGCUUUCUCUGGCUUUGUUUUCUUACCUUUUCAUGUCCGGUUUGCGUGUAUUCCCCCAACCUUUCUGUUCGAUCUACCUUCCCCUCCUCCUCUUGGCUCUCUGCUUGGUACGAUUCCUGGGGUUUGGUCGUUUGUCGAAUAUAUCCUUGGUCAUGCUUCCCCCUCCCACGCGACAAAACAUCGCCCCUUCCUACAUCCUCUUUGAACCCUCACCCAGCACGUGCGGCUUUGGCUGCCCGCUUUGGCUGCACUCUUUCGGGCCUUUAGAGUAAUAACGAAACGGUCCAUCACCCCCGAUGUCGAAUCACGAACAAUUCCGCCCCAUGUCAUUUUAUUCUUGUUAUUUCCCUCUGUCCAUUUUGCGCAUCGCAUGACGGGACUACAGUGACACUCGCACGGAUUGCCGGCAAGGAAGCACCGUCUUGUUGUUUUCUUUGCCUGUCGGUACCGUCCAUUCCAAAAAGCAGGAAGUCAAAAGUUUCACGGUUGUGAGGGUGCCUAGGCAGCCAGGCUAUGUAGAAAGUUCCGCGUUCUGCCCGGGCGGGCGAGUGUGGCGGCGAGUUGUCGGCACCAGAGAAACUCUGCGAUGUCAUGACCUCCCUGUUCCUCAUCUGCCGUGGCGGGAUGGGUAUUCAGCGGGGGAGGCGCGACAUCUGGCAUGUUGAGACUGUUGAGGGGUGUCGGUUCAGGCAUGGCUUUCUAGAGACGGGAGUACCCAUAAGAACAGAGUCUAGCUUUAUUCACCUAAACCUCCUUUUGCCAGAGGAAAGUCUUGGGGAUGGCGCUGGUGUCUUGAACUGGUUACACCG